ACAGCGAGUUGUGCCUGAGCCUUGCAGAGACGAGAGGAGACUCCGGGGAGAGCUUAUCGCUCUCUACAACUACCUGAAAAGGGGUUGUAGCUGGGUGGGGGUUGGCCUCUUCUCCCGAGCAACUAGUGAGAGAACGAGAGGACAUAGUCUUAAGCUGCAGGUUUAGGUUGGACAUUAGAAAGACUUUCUUCAGAGUAGGAGUGAUUAGACAUUGGAAUGGACUGCCCAGGGAGGUGGUGAUUACAUGUGCACACAUGAUGGUGUUUGGUCAUAGGUUGGACUAAUGAUCUCGGAGGUCGUUUCCAACCUAACCGAUUCUGUGACUCUGAUUCUACAGACAGCAGCAAAUUCUGGGCCGGGUUCUAGAUCAGGUUCAGUUUGGUCCACCAUGCAGUUCAAGGUUGUGAUGCUGAAAGUAAUCACAGGUGACUUGGGCAUUGCCACAGUCUCUGGGAAAGACUGAGAGGUGCUGCUGGUCCAAGUGCUGUCCUGCUGCUGGAGGGAAAUGGCAAUGGCACCCAAAGACAGUUUGGCCUUUGGUGCUUCAGCCAUGGCACACAGAGAAGCAGGAAUAGCAAGGGGGUAGCAGGGCAAUGACAAGUUGUCCAAGCAGAUCAGGGAUCUGGGCAGACGAGGCAUGAAGGAGCAGGGAGCACUGGUACAUGAGGGGAGAGAGCAAGAGCAAUACAGGUCAGAAUAGAGGGGUACCAGAGGGGUCCGAGAGAGCCAAGAGGUGGUUGGAUGAUCACUUGAGCCCCUCAGGGUGCACAUGCACCAACUGGAGUGUGUGGAGAAGUGUUCACAGCAUCUGUCCAUCCUGCCUGAAUCUUGUUAACAUUGUUGAGAACUUCACUUUCAUAAGGUCUAAAAUUCUCUGCAUUUUAAAGAGAGCAGAAGGACUGUCUGGAGUGUAUGGGCUCUUCUUUCCUGGAAUGUAAAGAAAACCUCAGCUCUGCAGCUGGAGUGCAGGGGGCUUCAUUCCUUAGUGAAAGCAGAGAAGGGAAAUGCAGAUGUCACAGCUGGGACAGGAGAUUUAUCUUGGCAAGCAAAGAGGAAAAAUACUUUCAAAAAGAAAAGAGAAAACUCAGAAGAAUCCACUCCCCAUCUUCACUGCCUGCCAGCACGAGCAGAACCUCCAACCUGCAAAGGCCCUUCGUCUCCUGGGCCUGGGCUGCCGCCCAGCUGGAUUAGCCCCUCGCUGCUUUCUCUUUGGAGUGAGACCAUUGUGAUGGGACCAGAAAGGCUGUGAGAGCCAGGUUGAUCCUGAAGAGAGGCUGUCUCCAAACAACUCAGCUGGAGGUGGGAAAGGAAAAGUCACAGUCAAAGGAUGGAAGCAUGAAAAGGAAAAGGAGGGACAGAGGCAGCCAGGAUAACUACAGAGAACUGGAUCCAGGGAGAGGAAAUCAUCCCCUCCUCAUCCAUGCAGAGUGCCCCUGGGCUACAGGAGUGACACCUUAAGGCAUUCCAUGCACGCCCAGGCAGGGGAGAAGGCUUAGUGCCUCAGUCUCUGCUUGGGGCCUCCAGAGGUCUAACACCAGCUCUGGGUGGGGAGAAACAUACAGCUUGCAUUUGGAUGUCUGAAUGCCUUACAUUAGCUCCCCAGAUAACUGUUGUACAACAGGAAAGGGUGUUCAAAUGAGAAGUGCACGCACGCACAUACAGUGUGCUAUUUAGACAACCCUAAACAUGAGGUCAGGAUGAAAACAUGUGGUGGAAAUAUGUUUGGAAGAGUCAGUGCCUAUGUUGAUCGCCCGGAGUGGGAGGGAGCAGAAGCCAGCAGCUGACAGAUUCUCACUCUCUCCCCAUAGCUGAGAUGGCCUCAGCUUGAGCAGAUUCUCCUGUGGCACCAGAACAGCUUAAGGCUCUCUGUUGGGCCUAGAGAUGUGAUGGUCAUUGCCUCUCCAUACCUGUGCACACUGGCUAAUCCUCUUUGGGCACUGCCUCCCCAUCCUCCUAGAACUGAGCGGGGGGGACGGGCAGCUAGAAAUCAGGCUUGGAUCAGGAAAUCCAGCACAUCCUCGCCAUUGCAUUUCUGUCCCUUGGCUGCCCCCUCCCUGACCGCUCACUGGUAAUACAGCUUUGGAAACAUAUCCCGUGCUAUUUCUUGGCUUUGGAGCAUAGUUAGAAGGAGAAGGAAGGAGGGUGUGAAAGGGAGGGGGAGAUAACAGGAGAGAAUAAUGCAAAACGAGACUAUGCUGUGAGCUUCGUAUCCCAUCUGGAAGCUGUUUUCCCCCAGUACACUGCACACCCACUCCCUCUGGGCUAGGAUGGUAAGGGUCAAGUUUCCCAGUUGACUGGUCCUCUUUACUAAAGCCGGGCCCAUCUGCAUGAAAUCUACCCGAGAUGAUCUCAAUAGAGUUGCAGAGUCCUUCAUUGUCACAAAUGCCUUGACCAGCCUUCCGAGGAGUGGGUGCUGGCUGGAAGGCACUCUCAAAGAAUUUAGGUCUUGAAGAGGCUGUGAGAGGAUGAGCCUGCUCUGCUCCUGUAUGUCUGUCUAUCCCACCUUCCUUCACAUCUGAGUUUUGGGGACUCUUUCUUGGACCUUCCCUGGUCUGCUGAGAUCAUUGUUGCCAUUGUGUCAGCAAAAGUCUCCCCAAAGCCUGGCAUGGUUGUGUCAUUUUGUGGCAGCACAUGAAGGCCUUUAGCUGUGCUGGCCCCACUCUGGAUGGGAAGAGAGCACUGGUGGCCACCCAGCACCUUCUUUGGCAUGUGACCUUCCAGCCAGGAUAAAGCUGCUAUCCAUCUGGUCAGGUGAUAAACCUGCUUCUGUAUAUCGCUCAGAAGCUCAUGCUCUGCCAUGAUCUGCACAGCUGUGAGACACCACACCCUGGGACGUGCAGUUUCCUGAAGCCUUCUUUCUCACACAUGCAAAGGAAGAGUAUGGCUGAAGCCUCUGAGUUUUGCCAGAUAAGUGCAGCUCCCAAAAUGAGGCUUGGUGGGACAGAGUUUGCCUGUUCUGGGUUAGCAGGCUCAAUUAGCAGGUGAGCUAAUUAGCAGUGGCUUUGAUGGCAUCUAUCCAAAAUAAACUCUGGGCUGCUCUUCACUGUGCCCAUCACAGUUGAAUCUGGACAAGAGGACUCUUUUUCCUCUUACCACGUGGUUGUGUGCACAGGUGUCUUAUAUUAAUAAGAAAUCUAAAAUUAACAAUACCUGUUGGAUUCAGGAGAGAAUGGAGCCAACCCAGAGACCCAGCAGUCUUCCUGGGAUGUGGUGACAGCUUCCUGCUGGUCCUGUAGUUUCCAUCGUGGAUAUAGCCAGCUACAAAGCCAUGUCAUUAUAUUUGUUUGCUUUACCCUUCCUGCUUAUGCUUUCCUCUGCUUCUUGCCACCUUCUUUGAGUAAAAUAGCAAUCUUCAGCUCUGUGUCAGCUAUAGGUGCUCUUGCUCCUCGAAGGUGUCGGAUCCUUGGUGCCCCCUUUGAUAACAACCAUAGUUAUUCCCAAUCUCAUAGGCUAUCAUCCUUCUCUCCACCGUCUGUGUUUAGAGAUGUUGGAUUCGUAUAUGUAUGAGUGAUGAGAACUGAAAUGGGACUGCUUUGGUGAGAAAGCUUUGCCAGUAUUUAAUUGUGAUGGAGGAUAUGACCCAGGAGCCCAGAGAGGGGUAGGUGCCCCAACAUUUCUGGAUGCCCAGGGAAGCUGCAAGUUUCAUUCUUUGCUUAUCACCUAUGUUUGCCCUGUCCUGUGCAGUAGGUCUCUGUCUCUUGGGAGAGAAUGGUCUCUUGGGGACCUAACUCCCAUGUCUCUUGGAGAACAAUGUUGCCUUCAUCCUUGCUUCCAAGCAGUGAGGUCCUCCAACAAACCUGUUUUUUUGUUUAGGAAUAUAGCCAGAGGCACAUCUCUGCCUCUUCCCUCCAGGUAGGUUUGUCCUACAAUGGAAAGAUUGUUGACUGACCGAGAAAGAUCGUUUUUCUAAGUGUGGGUGGGAUGCCACUAAAAGAUAAUCUGUGGAGCUACUGCAUAAAUGCAUUCUCUUGUCUCUCUUUACUCCCACCUUUGCCUUUGUUAAUGCACAGUCGUGAAAGAAAUUUGAAGCACGUGGCAGAGUUGCAGAUAGCUCUCCCCACAGCUGUCCAUCCAGCUCUGCUUCUCCUCCAGGGCUACACAGUGGUUCUAGUUUUGAUGGUCACAACAGUAUAUAGGAUUUGAAUGCCUCUUGUUUUAUCCUGGCUCUGCUAUGCUGUGGUGUGCCAGCACUCUGAAUCCCUUCACUUCUCUGUGGUUAUAUUCUCGCCCUUACCGUAAGGCUACCGUGUUCAUAUCCUGUAUUUGCUUGUGUUGUUUAGAGAACACAAGACAAAGAACAGCUGUUACAUGAACAGGCGCUCUCUGAGGUUAAUACUCAGGACUCCAAAGUCUUUAUCCCUCUAUGCUGUAGGAUAGGACAAAACCUGUUUUUCUAGUGGUUUUUAGAUAACUGUCUAACUCAGUUUCAUCUGCUGACUCAGGUCCCUCUGAAGAAGUUAUGUUCUGCACGGAUGGAAGGUGUUUUCCGUCACUUGAUUUAAGUGCAGAAAUGCUUCUAGGCAACUUGGAAAUGGAUGGGUAGAUUUUACCAAGCUACCCCGCUAACUCGCGUCUGCUAUGGGAACAAGUGGAGAAAACUUCAGCCCAGACAUCCAGGGAGGGCCUCAACACUGGGAUUUAGCAUGAGCAUGCCUUUUCUGCCUUACUUUCAUGUGCAGUGUCUGCCCUUCAGGGAAGCCUCGGAUGGUGGUGUGUUGGGCUGUCACUCCAGGCAGUCAGAGGACAAGUGGGAAGGAAGCAAAGGGAGAGAAACCUCGUGUCAGGCAGAAUGCUCGUGGGAGGGACUCCACCCCCACUUCCAGCAUGCUCUGUGAGCAUCUGAGGUUUUAAAUCGAGCAGGUGAGGGAUGAUGUUAGAGGGUAAAAGCAUGUUCAAGAUUGCUGCAGCUCACCAUCUCCCUCCCCACUUGCUGGAAGCAUGGGUCUGUUCAGCUAAAGCCUACUUCACUCCCCAGCCCUCUGACAGCCAGUGGAAUGUUGACAGAGCUACUGUGCUCUGGUAAAACAAAUACACGUUCCUGUAGGAGCAGGAACCUACAGGCUCCGGCAUCCGGGGUCCUCUGGCCACCGCCUCCCUCAGUCCUGACACUGAUGAAAGAAAGGACUGAAUGCAUCCCAUGCUUCUCUAGGAGCCAGGCUCCUUCCUGAGCUCAGCUCUCACACUGGAAUUCACUGGCAUUCAUGUCUCCACUCUAGGAUCUGUAUGCUCUCUCCCACUCUCAUCCAUACCCUGUUGCUCUUGGUAUUUCAAUAUACUGCUUUCAAUGCUUUUCUGCCCACCCAGAUGCUUUUCCAGGCAGGGGGUGGGGGGACAGACCCAGUCCGACUCUGCUGAGCUCUCUCCAGUUCAUUUAAGUUACACAGUUCCGUCUGUGUAAUACAGUCACUUGAAUCUAUCUGUCUUUUCUUUCCUCUCCCUGAGCCAGAAGCCUCAAUCUGCCAACAAAUGGGAUAAUUUUUCAGCUGGUGUUUGGCAGCCAUCAUUUUUCUCCCUGCCCAACCCAUACUUUGUUGUAGCAAAUGGAAAAGUUAGUGAUUUGACUUCUGAAAAGGAGGAUGUGCCUCAAAGGAAGCAGGUUCACUGUAGUAUCAGGAGCCCAGCUCUGCAGCAGAACUGGCCAGAUUUACUAACUGUUACUGGAAUGAUUAGUGGAAUGAUUGUUUGUUGUUAACAGCCCAUCUGUAGUGUUUAAACUUCAUCGGGGAGCCGAAUUUCACAGGCAUUAUCUGGCUGGAGUACAACCUCAUAUGGUCCACAGAGGGGCUGUUAAAUCCCAGAGGAAAUUAAAUACAACAGGGGGCCUUCCUGUUAUGUUGAUUCAACCGAUUUUUUUUUCUCUGAUAGAAAUCAGCAGCUGGGUUGGUGUUCUCUGGGCCAUCAGUGUGCCUAUUGCCGCUGGCAGAGAACAUGAGAAAGUGUCACCAAGGACAGGCACUGAAGACCAUGAUUUUCUGCCACACUUGCACUUUGUCAUCACAGGAAUUUCUUGCCUUGUGCUCUAUUCAGUUUGUUGUCACAGCAAGGUGCUAGGAAGAUGCAGAUAGGUACUCACAGAGAAAGGGGGAGAUGAGAGAAUUAUAGAAGUUUCAGUAGUGUUUGUGGCAUAGAUAAACAAGCAGUGAUAUACAGCACCACGUCCCUUUCUUAAAGGUGUUUUUGUCAACCUGAGGCAGGCAAGGAAUAGGAACUGCUUUUUCCCAUCCAAAAAGUGUUGUCACUAAGGUUUGGCUCUCAGUGCAGAGGAAGGCUCUCAGAUCCCCCUUGGAGUUGACACUAACGCUCUCUCUCCCUUUGUCUUUUCUCAGCAUUUCUCAGAGAACCUGGAUCACUUCUCUGACAACAUGGAGGAUUUCUCCAAUGAUCUGUUCAGCAGUUUCUUCGAUGACCCAGUACUGGCUGAGAAGAACCCACUGCUGGACAUGGACCUGGAUCCACCCACUCCAGGCAUCCAGGCAGAGCACAGCUAUUCCCUCAGUGGAGACUCUGCUCCCCAGAGCCCCCUUGUGCCUGUCAAGGCUGAAGAUAAUACUAAUGAGCUGGAGAAUGGAGUGUGGUCGCUGGGGCCCAAGCUCUGCUCCAUCAUGGUGAAACAGGAACAGAACCUGGCUCUAGACCUGCCUGAGUCCCAGCUAGCUGCCAGCUCCAUACCAGUGCUGAACCUCAACCCUCUGCAGAGACUGCCAGUCCCCGAGGAGAUUCCCAUAGAAAUUACUCCAGCACCUGUGAUCAAAGCUGAACCCAAAGAGGUGAACCAGUUUCUAAAUGUUCCUACAGUAGAUGACCUGGUGCAGAUGCCUCCAACUCCACCCAGCAGCCAUGGCAGUGACAGCGAUGGAUCUCAGAGCCCUCGGUCCCUGCCUCCCUCCAGCCCAGCCCGGCCUGCUGCUCGCUCUUCUACUGCCAUCUCCUCCUCACCUCUCCUCACAGCACCACACAAGUUACAAGGAACCUCUGGCCCGCUGCUCUUGACUGAAGAGGAGAAGCGCACCUUGAUUGCCGAGGGUUACCCCAUUCCUACCAAGCUGCCCCUCACCAAAGCAGAGGAGAAAGCACUGAAGAGAGUCAGGAGGAAAAUCAAGAACAAGAUCUCUGCUCAGGAGAGUCGCAGGAAGAAGAAAGAGUAUGUGGAGUGUCUAGAGAAAAAGGUCGAGACAUACACAACAGAAAACAAUGAACUCUGGAAAAAAGUGGAGACCUUAGAAAACGCAAACAGGACUCUGCUCCAGCAGUUACAGAAGCUGCAGGCUCUGGUAGCUGGGAAAGUCUCCAGACCUUAUAAAAUGGCUUCCACACAGACCGGGACCUGUCUAAUGGUGCUGGCACUCUGCUUCGUUCUGAUCCUGGGAUCCCUGAUGCCCUGUCUCCCUGAGUUCUCCUCAGCAUCACAGACAGUGAAAGCAACACCAGCACCAGACAUUUACACAACUAGUAAGAUUCAGUCACGGAGCCUUCUUUUCUAUGAUGAGGGUGCUGGCUCCUUAGAAGAGAGCUAUAGCUCCUUCCUAACCAUGGACCAUCCUGAGGGGUGGGAGACUGAAAAAAGGCAAUCUGAGGAGGGAAGGCCUCAUCUGGCCAGGACACAUGAGACAGCCAAAUAUCUGAGCAAAACCCAGCUGGAGGGUCCCGACCAGAACCAAACUGACACAACUCUCACCCACCUCAAAGAGCAAUUCCAUGAGAGGGAGACAAGCUCCAGUGAGACAACUGAAUUCUUGUAGCAGCUGCUGGACCUCAAGGCCUCAUUUGUCAGAUUGCAGGAUUCCCUCCUCACCAAGCAACUGAGGGGACUUGGCAGGAGAGGACACUGCAUUCAGACACUAGUAAACUGGCCUUGGGUUCA